AUGAGUCUCGCCGAUGCAAAAGAUGGCUCAUAUAACCGCCUUUUCCAGUUGGACGUUACUCGGGCUUUAGCUGUACAGCUGGUCCUUGCAGUUGACUACGUCCAUUCCCAGGGACUUGUGCACGGAGAUCUUCAUAAUGCAAAUGUUCUUCUCCAGUUACCGUUUGACGUGAACCAACUUUCCGUGGAGGAAUUGUACCAAACCUACGGAGAACCGGAGUUCGAAGCCAUAAGACGUUUCGAUGGACAACCGCUCCCAUCGAAUAUGCCAUCUCGCGCUGUUUUACCACUCUGGCUUGGCGAAGCAAGUGACAAACUGAAACUCUCAGAAGCCAAAAUCCUACUCAGCGAUUUCGGUGAGGUUUUCUCCCCCAGCCAGCAACAGCGAUAUCAGUCCCACACUCCACUUACAGGUCGACCACCGGAGGCUCGGUUCGAACCGCACAGGUCUCUAUCCUUCGCGUCAGAUAUCUGGUCACUCGGAUGCUCUUUAUGGAAUAUCCUUGGCCAGAGCUCGCUUUUCGACGGCCUGUUCGCGACCGAAGAUAGCAUUACUUGUGAGCAGAUUGAUGUCCUUGGGAUGCUACCCCCAGAAUGGUGGUGUAAAUGGGAGGGGAGACAUGGUAGAUUUACGGAAGACGGGAAGCCGAUAAAUCGGAACCCUUAUCGCUCGUGGGAGGACAGGUUUGAACAAGAUAUUCAGCAGCCGAGAGGGAGGGAAGGGAUGUCGCGCAUUGGACCGGCUGAGAGUGAUGCGAUAUUUCAGAUGCUGAAGUCGAUACUUGAAUUCAGGCCUGAAAACCGCUCGACGGCAAAGCAGAUUCUCAGAUGUGAGUGGAUGGUUAAGUGGGCAUCCCCUGAAUAUGAGAAGAUCCGGGGGAUUUGGUUAUAG